CAUAAAGGAGCGCGGCGGGCGGCCGGCGGGGCUGGGAGCGCGGCUGGCGGGGUCCCUGCCGGGGGUCCUCGCGUCGCCGGCGCCCGCGCUGCAGCCAUGCUCUUCUGGCACUCGCAGCCCGAACAUUACAACCAGCACAGUUCCGGCAGCUACCUGCGGGACGUGCUUGCCCUGCCCAUCUUCAAGCAGGAGGAGCCGCAGCUGUCCCCGGAGAACGAGGCUCGCCUGCCGCCCCUGCAGUACGUGCUGUGUGCUGCCACAUCCCCGGCUGUGAAGCUGCAUGAGGAGACACUCACUUACCUGAACCAAGGUCAGUCUUAUGAAAUCCGGCUGCUGGAGAACCGCAAGCUGGGAGAUUUUCAAGAUCUGAACACAAAAUACGUCAAAAGCAUCAUCCGCGUGGUUUUCCAUGACCGCCGGUUGCAGUACACGGAGCACCAGCAGCUGGAGGGCUGGCGCUGGAGCCGGCCCGGGGACCGCAUCCUGGACAUUGAUAUCCCACUGUCUGUUGGCAUCUUGGACCCCAGGGCCAGCCCAACACAGCUGAACGCAGUUGAGUUUCUGUGGGACCCUGCCAAGAGGGCUUCCGCGUUCAUUCAGGUGCACUGCAUCAGCACAGAAUUCACCCCGCGGAAGCACGGGGGUGAGAAGGGCGUGCCGUUCCGCGUGCAGGUCGACACGUUCAAGCAGAGCGAGAAUGGGGAGUACACGGAGCACCUGCACUCGGCCAGCUGCCAGAUCAAGGUGUUCAAGCCGAAGGGAGCUGACCGCAAGCAGAAAACUGACCGGGAGAAGAUGGAGAAGCGGACUGCCCAGGAGAAGGAGAAGUACCAGCCGUCCUAUGAGACGACCAUCCUCACAGAGUGCUCUCCGUGGCCCGAUGCCGCCUACCAGGUGAACAGCACCCCAUCCCCGAGUUACAACGGCUCUCCCAACAGCUUCAGCCUUGGCGAAGGCAACAGCUCCCCGACCCACCCCGUGGAGGCCCUGCCACUAGGCAGUGAUCACCUGCUCCCGUCCGCCUCCAUCCAGGACGCCCAGCAGUGGCUCCACCGCAACAGAUUCUCACAGUUCUGCCGGCUCUUCGCCAGCUUCUCCGGUGCCGAUCUGCUCAAGAUGUCCCGAGAUGACUUGGUGCAGAUCUGUGGGCCUGCGGAUGGGAUCCGGCUCUUCAAUGCCAUCAAAGGCAGGAAUGUGAGGCCGAAGAUGACCAUUUAUGUGUGCCAGGAGCUGGAGCAGAGCCGGGUGCCUGUACAGCAGAAGCGGGAGGGUAGCGGGGACAGCAGCCUGUGUGUGUACCAUGCCAUCUUCCUGGAGGAGCUGACCGCCUUGGAGCUGAUUGAGAAGAUCGCCAGCCUGUAUAGCAUCUCCCCCCAGCACAUUCACCGGGUGUACCGGCAGGGCCCCACGGGCAUCCACGUGGUCGUGAGCAACGAGAUGGUGCAGAACUUCCAAGAUGAAUCUUGUUUUAUCCUCAGCACAUUAAAAGCUGAGAGCAAUGACGGCUACCACGUCAUCCUCAAGUGCGGGCUCUGACCCGGAGUAGGACAUGCACCUGCCUCCCAGCGCCCAACCCAGACGCCCUUGGACGUAGAACUCGCACCUCUGUACACUGCAGCCUCACCUGGCCAACGGAAGCUGGGAGGGACCCUGCCCGAUGAUGAAGCCACAGACUGGCGGCUGACAGAGACUCACAGAGUCUGGUGUGCAGCAAGCCUGGGUCUUUCCUCCCUGCCCUUGGCCACCAGCUUGGGGACACAUCCUUGUUCUUCCUCCCAGCCCUGACGGCCAGCAGGGCUCUCGGCUCUUAGUUGACAGUCCGCUUGGUGCCACCUAACUGGUCCCUCCUGAUUCCUCCCCUGCCCUCGGAGACAGCUUCACCUCGCCCCAUUCCUUUACCUCCCUCUGGCCACUGAGGCGCGGGAGGCAGUGUGGCCCCCUUCUCCUGUUUGCCACCCUCCUCAGUGAGCUUGAAGGGCAUCCAUCCUUCCUGUUCUUGAUGAGUGGGUGGGAGUGGGGCUGUCCCGUGCCUGCUAUUCCGUGCCUUCUGCCUGGUUGCUGAGGAUCUGCCGCUGCAAGCCUGGAGGUCUGCCUGUGCUGUGUGUGGCGGCCUGUGGGCGCUGGCUGCUGCCAUGCUCGUUCUGAAGGCCACUGCAGGUGCAAGAUGAAAGCCUGUGUUCAGGGAUGAGUGCAAACUGGGUCCUUUGGUGCAGUGUUACUUCUCGAGUGCUCGAGGACCGGGCAGACCAGGCUGACCAGGCAGUGAGCUUUGCAUUGAAUCAUUACAUGAUCUUGCCUCUAGAGGCGCU